AUGUUGGUUGAAACCAAUCUAGGGGAUUUUGAUAAUUAUAGCAACACGAAUGCUGACCCACAAGAAAUGCAAGUUAGUCCAGCAGUCCCCUCUGCGAGGCCAAACCAUAAGAGAUCAAAGAAUUUCAGUGACCACGAAGAUGAGGUUUUGGUUUCAGCGUGGCUGAAUAUAAGUUUGGAUCCGGUCGUAGGAAAAGAUCAAAAAGGUGGCAGGUAUUGGUCUCGUAUUUGUGACUAUUUCCAUGAGCACAAGACGUGCCAAUCAACGCGUACCAUUAAUUCUCUAAUGCACCGGUGGGAGACCAUACAAAAAUGUGUGAACAAUUUUUGUGGAUCUCUAACACGGAUUGAGUUAAGGCGUCAAAGUGGUACUACAAUGCAAGACAAGGUUGCAGAGGCAUGUGCUUUGUACAAGGCCGAAGACCAACAUAACAAAGCAUUUCAGUUCAUGCAUUGCUGGGAUAAGCUGAGAACACAACCGAAAUGGCUUGCUAAACUUGAUGAAUUGGCUGCUUCUUAA